UAUAGUAUAUUUAAAGAAAAACACUCUUUCCAUUCCUUUCCUUCCCGCUCAAACAAACCAAAAAAUGAAUUCCCAGUCCUCGCUUCAAUUCCUCUUGUUUCUCUCCCUUUCCUCCCUUUUCCUUUCCCUUUCCUCCUCCACUAACGACACCGAUACCCUCACUCUCUUCCGCCGUCAAGCCGACACUCACGGCAACCUCAUCUCCAACUGGACCGGCCGCGACGCUUGUUCCUCCGCCUGGCACGGCGUCGUUUGUUCCUCAACCGGUCGUGUCAUUUCCCUCUCACUACCUUCCCUUUCCCUUCGUGGUCCCAUUACCGCUCUUUCUCUUCUAGACCAACUUCGUAUCCUCGACCUUCAAAACAAUCGUUUGAACGGCACCGUCUCACCGUUAACUAAUUGUUCUAACCUUAAACUAGUUUAUCUUUCCGAUAAUGAUUUCUCCGGAGACAUCCCACCGGAAAUUUCGCGUCUCAAAAGGUUGCUCCGACUUGAUUUAUCAAACAACAACAUACGAGGCAAUGUUCCUAAAGAAAUCUCUGGUUUGAAACGGCUUAUUACUCUCAGGCUUCAAAACAAUGCAUUAACCGGCGAAAUCCCAGAUUUCUUUUCUUCUUUUAAAAGCUUAAAAGAGCUUAAUUUAACCAACAAUGAGUUUUUCGGGCGGUUACCUGGAAGUUUGUUGAAAAAAUUCAGUGAAAAAAGCUUUGUAGGUAACGAAGGUCUUUGUGGAUCAAACCCAUUUCCGGUUUGUUCUUUUACAGGUUCUCCACCGGUGGAUACGCCGACCGAAACAGUUCCAUCGAACCCAAGUUCAAUGCCGAGAACACCUAUAAUCGAACAAGAGAGACCCAAAGCACAUAAAGGGUUAACCCCUGGUGCUAUAGUUGCAAUUGUUGUGGCGAAUUGUGUGGUGUUUUUGGUAUUGGUUUCUUUUGCAGUGGCUUAUUUCUGUGGGAGAAACAAUGGGGAAAUUGUUUGGAAAUCCGGGAGUGAUGGUGGGAAAAGGAGUAGCUAUGGAAGUGAAAAGAAAGUAUAUGCAACCGGUGGAUUACCAGAGCCUGAUAGUGAUGGAACCAAUGCAACAGAUAGGAGUAAGCUUGUUUUUUUCGAAAGAAGGAAACAAUUUGAAUUAGAAGAUUUGUUGAGAGCUUCAGCUGAAAUGCUUGGGAAAGGAAGUUUAGGAACAGUUUACAAAGCAGUGCUUGAUGAUGGCUGUACUGUUGCUGUCAAGAGACUUAAAGAUGCAAAUCCAUGUCCAAGGAAAGAAUUUGAACAAUACAUGGAUGUAAUUGGGAAAAUUAAGCAUCCCAAUGUUGUGAAAUUGAGAGCUUAUUAUUAUGCUAAAGAAGAAAAGCUUCUUGUUUAUGAUUAUCUCCCUAAUGGUAGCUUGCAUUCACUUCUUCAUGGAAACAGAGGACCGGGGAGGAUUCCAUUGGAUUGGACUACAAGGAUCAGUUUGGUUUUAGGUGCAGCUCGUGGAUUAGCAAAGAUUCAUGAAGAGUAUAAUACACCUAAAAUCCCACAUGGAAAUGUGAAAUCUUCUAAUGUGUUGCUUGAUAAAAAUGGGGUUGCUUUAAUUUCUGAUUUUGGGUUGUCUUUACUUUUAAAUCCUGUUCAUGCUAUAGCUAGAUUAGGUGGAUAUAGAGCUCCUGAACAAGCUGAAGUGAAAAGACUGUCUCAAAUGGCUGAUGUUUAUAGCUUCGGGGUUUUAUUGUUAGAAGUGCUUACAGGGAGAGCUCCAUCGCAGUAUCCUUCACCGACUCGGCCUCGAAUCGAAGACGAAGAACCAGCAGUUGAUCUUCCAAAGUGGGUUCGAUCCGUUGUUAAAGAAGAAUGGACAGCCGAAGUGUUUGAUCAAGAGCUUUUGAGGUACAAAAACAUCGAGGAGGAACUCGUUUCCAUGCUUCAUGUGGGGUUAGCAUGUGUGGUUCCCCAGCCUGAAAAACGGCCCACGAUGACCGAAGUGGCUAAAAUGAUCGAGGAUAUCAGGGUGGAACAAUCACCUUUAGGGGAAGAUUACGACGAAUCGCGCAAUUCGAUCUCGCCUUCCAUUGCUACCACUGAAGAUGGAAUUGCUGGUUACUAAUCUUUUCAUUGCCAUUUUGCUAAUGGUAAAUUAAUUUCCAUCCUUUUAUAUAUGCAUGAUCUCUUUACUGCAAAUUCAUCACUCUUUUCUUUUUCUGGUUCUUUCUUAGAUCCUAUUUGGUUGGUUUGUGCUUCUUUGUAAUAUUUUUUAAGUCUUUGUGUCUGCUUGUUGUUGCUGGUUAGAAAUGAUCGUGGAUGCAUUGUAAUGUAAUUUUUGACAAUUUGAACCCAAAGCUUAGUCCAA